UCUCUCCUCUUGCCCGGGCUUGUAAUGUCUCCCCCCAUCUUUCACCUGGCCUCAUGGCAGUAACCAGACGCCCACUGCCAGCCUGCAUCCCUCCUUGGAGCUCCUUAUCCCUCUUCCUGCCCUGUGCCGGGAACAACGGGAAGUAUGAUUUAAUUAACCUCUGCGCCACCCCUUGCGCCCAUGGCCUGCCAGCGCUGCUCACCGCACCCUCCAGCCCCCCACACUUGACCACUUCCUCCCCUCAGCGUGCGCCCACGACCUGGGAUUCCCUUUCCCUCCUUGGCAGGUGCCCAGGACAGGGGCCAUUCUCCCAAUGGGUGGCGCACCUGGGGCGGGCCCGCCCCGCCGCGGACGCUGAGUCGGCCCGGUUGGGCAAGGCGAGGGUUGCCCCGGGGUAGGUUACUCAUCCCGGCUCAGGUAAGAGGGCUCGGGAUUGGGAGGUGGCACAUCCAGGGGGGACGCUGAGGGAGCAGGACGGAGCCAUGGACGCCGCCAGGAAAGCAGGUGCCCGGGCAGCCGUGUGGACUGCAGGCUGCUUGCUGCUGCUUCUCCGAGGCGCGCAGGCCCUGGAGUGCUACAGCUGCGUGCAGCGGGCGGACGACGGCUGCGCCCCGCACAGGAUGAAGACCGUGACGUGCGGGCCGGGCGUGGACGUCUGCACCGAGGCCGUGGGCGCCGUGGAGACCAUCCACGGGCAAUUCUCGGUGGCGGUGCGGGGCUGCGGUUCGGGACUCCCCGGCAAAAACGACCGCGGCCUGGACCUGCACGGGCUGUUGGCCUUCAUCCAGCUGCAUCAGUGCGCUCAGGACCGCUGCAACACCAAGCUCAACCUCACCUCGCGAGCGCUUGACCCGGCAGGCAAUGAGAGCGCGUACGAGCCCAACGGCGUCCAGUGCUACAGCUGCGUGGGGCUGAGCCGUGAGGCGUGCCAGGGCUCGGCGCCACCCGUCGUGAGUUGCUACAAUGCCAGCAAUCGCGUCUUCAAGGGCUGUUUCGAUGGCAACGUCACCUUGACGGCAGCUAACGUGACCGUGUCCCUGCCCGUGCGGGGCUGUGUCCAGGACGAAUCCUGCACCCGGGAUGCAGCCACAGGCCCUGGGUUCAUCCUGAGUGGCUCCUGCUGCCAGGGCUCCCGCUGUAACUCUGACCUCCGCAACAAGACGUACUUCUCCCCUCGCAUCCCACCGCUUGUCCUGCUGCCCCCUCCCACGACAGCCGCCCCGACCACUCGGGCCAACACCAGCUCCGCCCCUUCCACCCCAGCCUCCACUGCCCGCACCUCUGCCACCAAACCCACCCCGGCGCCCACCACCAGCCAGACCCCUCGUACGGAAGCAGAGCUUGCCACGUUCAGCAGAGAGGAGAGCAGGUUGGCUGGCGGUGCCGCUGGCCACCAGGACCGCAGUAACGUGCAGCGGUACCCUGCCAAAGGGGAGGCCCAUUACCCCUCCAACAAAGGCAUGGCUGCUCCCACCACAGGGCUGGCAGCCCUAAUGUUGGCUGCGGCUGUUGGAGCUCUAUUGUGAAUUGCCCCAUCUGGAAAGUUCUCUCUUGCCCUAUUUCCCUGGCUUCAGGCAUGCGCCU